GGAAGGGUUAAGGAGCGGCAAAGAAACCCUGGCUGGCCAGGGGCGAUUAUCAAACACUCCUCUGCUGAAUGACUGGUGAAGAACGAGGAGGAUGAAAGGAAAAGAUAUGGAGUAUUUUUUCAGACGGAAGAGAGUGCUGAAAACACUAAUAAGCUUGAUUUUAGCCUUUGGAACGUUGCUAAUGUUUCAAAAGCUCAAGCUGGUGGAAAACAACUCUAAGGAAAACCUCAUGAAAAGCAAGGACGCCGCUGGGUUCUUGGACGUACAAAGCGAUUUAUUUAGAAGCGCUUUGGGAAACAAUUCGCCACCGGGACUGGGGGAGAAAUUUGCUGCGGAUCGCGCGUCUGUUUCCAACGCGACCCAGGCAGAGUGGGAUGUGAAGACAAUUAACUGCAGUGAAAAUGUAGACCUAAAGGAGAAAGAGUGGUUUCAGCGACUGGAACCCAGAUUUCACCAAUUUGUGUUACACAGACACUGUCGGUACUUCCCGAUGCUGAUUAACCACCCGGAGAAAUGCCGGACUGGAGACCUGCAUUUACUGAUGGUGGUAAAGUCUGUUAUAGAGCAACACGACCGGCGAGAAGCAGUGCGAAGGACCUGGGGAAAGGAACGGACAAUCGAUGGCAAAAUCAUCAAAACGCUAUUUCUACUAGGUACCCCCUCUGCAGGAAAAGAUACGAGAAACUUACAAAAACUGAUCGAUUAUGAGGAUCGGCUUUAUGGAGAUAUCUUGCAGUGGGAUUUUAUAGACACCUUUUUUAAUUUGACUCUGAAGGAGGUCAAUUUUUUGAAAUGGUUCGAUAUUUAUUGUUCUCGGGUGAAGUUUAUAUUUAAAGGUGACGACGACGUGUUUGUCAACACUAAUAACCUAAUGGACCUUAUUGAUUUUAAGACAGAAGAGAGAAAGGUACGCAAUCUGUUUGUUGGGGACACUAUUUCAAAGGCGAUUCCCAUCAGGAACCGGCAGAGUAAGUAUUACAUACCGAGAGAGCUGUUCGACAGACCCUACCCGCCCUACGUGGGCGGCGGUGGAUUUGUAAUGUCGGGUCAAUUAGCGCGAAGAUUAUUUGCAGUUUCCGAAGACCUGGAGCUUUAUCCCAUCGACGACGUAUUCCUGGGAAUGUGCCUGCAAAGGCUGCAUCUUGCCCCAGAGAUGCAUGCGGGAUUCAGGACUUUCGGCAUAAUGAAACGCCAAGUCAGUCCCAUGAACAGCGACCCGUGCUUUUACAGAAACCUCAUCGUAAUUCAUAAACUGGGCCCACAGGAGUUGCUUAGAAUGUGGAAUAUUGUGUACAAUAAAAAACUUAUUUGCGCCAAAAAAGUAAUACUUUAACUGUGAACCUUUGUUGUUGUUGUAUGGGAUCCCUAAGGAAUACAUCGUUCAUAUCUUACUGGAAUGUCAUAAGCUCAUUGAUGGAAUUAUAAUUUGUUAUAUAAGUUAUUGAUUGGUUGUGGUUUUAUUGCACAUCGUAUACGUUGUAUUUGCUGAAAUCCAAUGUCUUUGUCUGUACAUUGAAAUGUUUGUUAAAUAAAUAAACAUACUUUUGCUAUAACUACA